AUGGCGAAGUGGUACUGCCCCUCCCUCUUCAGACGUUUCCCUGGUCUCCAAAGCUGCCUGCUGACCACCCCACUUUCCUCAUUUUAUCUGGUGUGUAAGCGGAAGCUGGAGAGUAAGAAGGAAGCCUUGCUGAUCCUGUCCAAGGAGCUGGACACGUGCCAGCAGGAGAGAGACCAGUACAAGCUCAUGGCCAAUCAGCUCCGAGAACGGCACCAGGCGCUGAAGAAGAAAUUCCGGGAGCUGAUUGAUGGAGAUCCGUCACUUCCCCCUGAGAAGAGGAGGCAGGCCAAUCUCGCGCAACUGUUGCGAGAUUCCCAGGACCGGAACAGGCAUCUGGGAGAAGAGCUGAAGGAACUCCAGCAGAGGCUGGGAGAGGUGCAGGGAGACAACAAGCUCCUGAGGAUGACCAUCGCCAAGCAGCGGCUGGGCGACGAGGAGAUCGGCGUGCGCCACUUCGCGGCCCACGAGCGGGAGGACCUGGUGCAGCAGCUGGAGCAAGCCAAGGAGCAGAUCGAAUCCUUGGAGCAUGACUUGCAGGCCUCUGUGGACGAGCUGCAGGACGUGAAAGGAGAGCGGGCUUCCUACCAGGACAAGGUGGAGAGGCUGAACCAGGAGCUCAACCACAUCCUGGGCGGUCACGAGAACCGCAUCAUCGACGUGGACGCCCUGUGCAUGGAGAACAGGUACCUGCAGGAGCGACUGAAGCAACUGCACGAGGAGGCCAACCUCCUGAAAUCUAACAUUGCCAAAUACAAGAAUGCUCUUGAGAGACGGAAAAACUCAAAGAGCCAGGGCAAAUCCAACAGCAGCGCUCUGACGGGGGUCUUGUCUGCAAAGCAAGUCCAGGAUCUGCUCUCCGAGGAGCACGGGUGCAGCCUCCCGGCCACUCCGCAGUCCAUCGCAGACCUGAAGUCUCUGGCCACGGCCCUGCUGGAGACCAUCCACGAGAAGAACAUGGUCAUCCAGCACCAGAGGCAGACCAACAAAAUCCUAGGGAACCGGGUAGCUGAACUGGAGAAAAAAUUAAGAACGUUGGAAGUUUCUGGUUUGUGGAGUCUUCCAGGUCUGAGCUACAACGUGUCCCUGGGAUUUGGGAGAGGCAAGGACACCAUACUGUUCAAUGAGCCUACUCUUCCGACUCUCCAGAGGGCCAGAUCCCCACUGCCGAGACUCACUGAGCAGCCCACUGAGAGCACAGAGGACCCCCAGAGCGGUGAGCUUCGGAAGGGGCGAGAUGAAAGGUGUGCCUCCGCCGAGGUGUUGACAGCGCCGGAGGAUGCGGGGAGGCUGGCUGUCAACUGCCCAGCAGAUCAGAACCCCCACACAUGCUUUCAUCCUUCAUUAGCCCCGCUACCUUCCGAGGAGGAAGCAGCAGUCAGCAGGCCUGGAAGGGAAAUAAUUAAGCGGACAAAGGAACAGGCAGCUGCAGAACCGGAAGGGGACACAAGAGAAAGGCCCAAGAAGGAGCAGCUCACCAAGAUGGGGCCAUCCCUGCUGGGCCUGGCCCCCCAGCAGUGGGAGGCCCCCAACUCCUCCUUGGAGCCCAGCAAUCCCCCACCCGAAGACGACAGGGGACCCCAGAGGGCGGAAGCCCAAGGAGCGCCGUGAAUACAGGGAGAGAAAGGGACUGGGCACGAAGACAUGGUGAUGGUACUGGGACAGCAGUCAAUGAAGUGUCAGAAGGGCACGCUGAAGUCCCCUGCACACACGUCUCCCCACCCCGUGCGUGGCACACUGGCUGCACUGGAGGGGCCAGGCAGGACCUUCUGGCUUAUGAGAUGUGGAGCUGUGAGCGUGGUGAGGUCCGGGGUCGUGCGGCCAUCUAACUGGUCCCCGCACCCGCCUGGUUUGGUCAGCGUUUGUCGGCUUCGAGAGGAGAUGUUUUCCUUUCAGUGCUUGGUGUUGUAUUCAAUCCGAAGGAUGGGUAGAGCUUCAAACAGGUGCAGGUUUUUAAAUUGGGUCCAUCCUCGUCACAGCUGGAGAGAGGUGUAAUUGGGCAUCAUGCACCAGUGGACCCUCUGGGACCUCUUGGCCUGGGAGGGAGGGCAGGGAGUGGGGGUUGGCCUUCGGCAUACAACUCCGUUGGUUGCAGCCCAAAGCCUAAUGAGGCUCCUGGCCACCUGCGAGGGAGGAUGCCUUGAUCCGGAGCAUCUGGGGAGGGAGCCAGGAACUGGUGGCUGGUGUUCGGUGCCUCCUUUCCUUUCCAAUAGGAGAUGAGACUUGGGGUGGGGGGAUGCUCACUGCCCCUGAUGCCACCCACAACAGAAUGAACUGCUGCCGGGCCCUGUGUCAUCCAAUGUCGCCCACAGUGUAUGCAGUGGGUGGCCAUGAGAGGCGCAACCUGGGAACGCUGGUUCUUGAUUUUCAGCCCGGACGUUAUGACCCGUUGGGGUUUGGAAAGAUACCACUGUUGAGGGCCAAUCCAGGGUUCCCAGACCACCUGAAGCCUGAGACCCCGCUGCCAGCAGCACACUGGUCUGGCUGCCACCUCCGUGCCGGCUGCCGGGAUGUUCGAGACAGGAUUUGAGGUCCUGGCUGAGAGAGGACAGAGGUAGAAAGGCACAAACACUGACAGCAGGCAAAGGGGAGCAGCGGGGCCUUGGUUGGCACCCUCGGCUGCGAGCUUGGUGAUUUCAGUCCACGCAGGUACCCCAGAACACAGGCCUGGGGAAUCCCCUUCUGAAAAAGGAAUCCCUGACAACCCACGAUGCAGAGUUCUCCUGCAACAUCAGUCAAACACGCGUUAACAACAAUGGAGCCAAGGACGUGGCCUAAGGGUGGGCAGGGAGGGAGCAACCAACCCCAUACGGUCCUUGGCCUUGGGAUUAAAAAUUAGCUUUGCUAGGAAGCACCAGGCAGGAGUCCUUGGGGUGCAGUGGUUACAUGUGGGACUGCUAACCAGAUGGUCGGCUGUUCAAAAUCACUAGGCACUCCCUGGGAGGAA